AUGGAGACCGGUGUGCGGAGGGAUGAGGUUGAGAUUCGCCUCACUGUCGGUGGCAGCUCCAGCGAUGUAGCGACUGGCAGCACAGGUGGUGGAGGCGGAGGGCUGUGCGGCGACCUGGGUUGCGGUGGUGGUCGCGAGCGACAAGGCUCAGGGGGCAGAGGGCGCGGCCAGGCAGAGAGGGCGGCUGAGGGGCGGGCGCGGCACGAGGCCGAAGUGGUGGAGGCCGUCGAGCGUCUGGUGCUGGAGCACGGCAUCGGGGGCGCCACCACCGUCCCUGCCGCCUUUGCCGUCCGACCCCGCUCCCUCUCCAAUUCCUCCUCUUCAUCUUCAUCUUCAUCCGCUCAUGGAGAAGUAGUGGGGCUCGUGCGCGAGAAGCGGGUCACACUCGUCUCCGCCGCGCUCGAUCCCGCCUCGUUCGACGAUGCCGCCAGCAACAGCGACGAACGUGACGUUGUAGAGGAUGGAGAAAAAGUAGAAGUCGAAGAGGCCGCGGAGGACGUGCUCUUCGGCGCGUGCAAGGCGCCGCCGCCGAAGGACGAGGACGCGGUGGGCGAGGCGCUGGGCGAGGUGUGCAUUACGGUGCCCUCCACGAUGGACAAGGACCUCCUCCUCUCCCAGCACGAGCACGAGCGCUACGUCAUGAACGUCGUCCAGCGCCUCAUCCCCGUCGCAGGGCGCGUGACAGCGGUGCCGGCCGUCGGGUUCUGGAUGCUGGAGACGGCCACGACCAACUCGAUCGCCACCGGGGAUCGCCUGAUGCAGGAGCGGGUCACCAUCGUCAGUGCGGCGUGCGUGGUGGACGCCAAGGUGCGCAGCGUGGUCAAGGAGACAGCCACCUGGCUGGCCAACGCGCUGGGCCAGGAGGCCGUGUUCGUGAAGAUCAACAACCAGCCCUACCUCAUCCGGAUGACCAGCGAACGGGGGGAGAACGAGGCCGUGGAGCGAAAGGAGAAGAAGGUCAAGAAAGCACGAGGGCGGCGGCACAACAAGAACUACCGAUUCUUCAAGGUGGCUCCCACCAUGGUCUACGAAUGCAACCACCAGGCCUAG